CUCUGAAACUGUUACAGCUAAGUUAUUCUAGGAGUGAACAAUUCACAUCACUUUACAUUCUUAAGACGUAUGUCCUGCCUUUUGAAUAUUACAUUUAAACCAAGUCAUGGAUGAAGAUGAACGACAAAGGAAAUUAGAAGCCGGGAGAGCCAAGAAUCCUUCCGAUAUGCCUCGAAGCCAGGCGCUUGCUAGCUUCAGACAGAAGCGGGCGAAAAGCGACAGUGCGGGGGCGCCGAAAAAGACGCAGAAGAGGAAGGGCCAGAAUGUCUCGAAGAAUGACAGCUCAACGCAAAACCGUCACGUAGAAGCGGUUUGUGAAACAGCCAGUGCCACCGAGCUGAACAAGGAGACUGCUGAUGAGGAGCCUCAAAAGCCAGAAGAGUCAGAGGUUCAGAGGAAAGAACAAAGGGAUCAGCCCCCAACCCCAGAGCAAUGCCCAUCCCCUGUGGAGGACUUGGGAGAAGAGGAGCUAGCUGCACUUACAAGCAAAGAGCAGCUCAAGCUAUUACAGCAGGCUGUUGAGAAGCGUAAUGAAAUAAUUGCCAAACUCAGCUCAAAUCUCCAGGAUGCCCUGGCAAGUAGAGACCAGGUGCAACUAGAAGCACAAUCUCUUGCUGGACAGAUUCAGGCACUUCAGAAACGGCUACAGCAGACCAGUGUAGAGUUUUUACGACUCAAAGAUCUACCAGGGGCUGAAUUCCUCAACAACCGACAGCAUCACCAUGGCCAACCCUUCAAAGAUCCAAAUAUCAAUCAUAAGGAAGUACUGUCAGAGGAAUCAGGAAAUGCAAGUCCUGGCUCUCAGCCAGGCCUCGAAGGCUUCAGCACUGACAGUGACACCGAACCAGAUGCUGUUCUGCACAAGUUACAGACCGAGCUUGAACAAGAGAGGAAGAAGAGCCAACGUAUAUGUGCAGAACUAGCAGAGGAGAUGGAGAAAAACCAGCAUGUGCUUUCUUUACUGGAGAAGGAGAGGCAAAGGAACAAAGAGGAACAAGAAGAAAGGGUGGCACAGCUGCAGAACCUUCAGACUCAGUUAAAGCAACUCCAAACACAGUGCCUUGAAAUGCAGCAGUACAAAGAGGAGAAGGAAAACCUAAACAGAGAAGUGUUGGAGCUAAGGAAGAGACUUCAAGAGGAAGAAGAUGCAGAGAGAAGAUUUAAUGAAGAUGUCGCUAGCUCUGCUCUUCACCUCCAAAGUUUUGAGGAGGAAAGACGGAGACAGCAGGAGGAGAUGAAGAAGCUCAAGGAAGAGCACAGAGAGGAGGUUGAGCGUGUCAGACAACUCUUGGAUGAGAGGGAAAGGGAACUUAAGAAGAGAGAAGAGGAGGUCAAAGGACUCAAAGCUUCUAAGAACCGUCAGAAUCAAGCAAAGGCUGGCUCCAGCUCCGAGAGGACUAGUAUUGAUGAGGCCAAUCUUGAAAGCGGACCUGAUCGGGGCAGUAUGAAUACAUCCCUAGCUGGGGAUAUUCUGAUGGAGCGUUACUUGUCUUCAGUUCCCCUUGCACACUCACAAUCUUCAUUAGCACACGAAAGCUUUGAACACUGCAGUCAGCUGGACAUAUCUGCAAAUCACAGUUUUGAGCUCAACAGCGAAAUGUUUGAAGAUCAGCCUUUUUUGUCCAUUUCAAAUCGUCCGUAUGAAGAAAUUGACAUUACGCAGAACAGUGGUGGCUCGGAGUGCUGCAUCGCAGGGGCAGGGGAUUCCAGUCCACAACCUUUCAGUAAAUGGCCUCACAACUCCACUACUGGGGAAAUGGACUUCAGCAAAGUGUCAGGGCAGCAGCUUGACGAGACGGACUUGGAGAAAAAUCUGCUGAAUCAGCAGUGCGGGGAGCUACGUGAGGAGCUGGUCCUCAAGGAGCGGGACUUGAUUGUGUUAAGGGAGGAAGUCAUUAAGAGUGCAGAAGAACUGGAGGAAGCAAGGGACAGGUGGGCCCAGGUAACAGACGAUCUUAGGCAAGCUCUCUGGGAACUUGAAGAAGAAAAGGAGAAGAGGAGACUUAUUGAGGAAGAGAUGAACUUGAAAGCCAAUGAACAAGACAAGCUUGAAAACCAUCUUGGUGCCUUAUUGGAAAAACAGGAAGCUGAAGCUGAAACGCCCUUGCUCAUCUCUGCCUCGGUUCCAUUAGAAGAUGAGAAUGAACUGUCAGAUGAACCAUUGAAGAAAAAAGCUCCUCAAAAUCAGCAGGAUGAUCAGCUAUGGUGUCAAGAUGAGAUUAAAGCCACCAAUGAUUCUGCUAGAGAAAACCCAAAGCUCAGUGAUGACCUCCAGAUGCAUACGUUACAGGAUCAAUGUGACCUUCUCACAUCAGAACUGAAAGAGACAAAAACCCAAUAUAAAACUACAUCAACACUUUUAAGUCAAAAGACAGUGGAACUCGAAACUGUAUUGAAAGAGCUUGAAACAACGCGUGUCCAAGUUCUAAAUUUCCAAACAGAAAUGGAGCGAUUGCAACACGAACUGCUGAAGAGCCGUGACGGUCUGGACUCUGCUGAAAAAGUGAAAAAUGAGCUGGAAUCUCAAAUCUUUUCUUUGAGUCAAAACCUGGUUCAUUUGGAGGAAGCUCAGACUCAGUCUGCUCAGCAGAGGGAGGAGGAAAAGAGAAAAGAACAAGGGAUGGAAGAACAAAUAAAAAAGAUGGAACAAGUCCUAGAGGAGGAACUUGAACAGUUUGAGAAAUUACUUAAAGCCAAGGAUCUUGAGUUGGCUGAAGAGAAAGAGAAAUGGGAGGAGGAGAGGCAGGAGAAGGAAAAACUCCUCGAUGUGACUCGUGGAUUGGAGGAACAGGUGAAGGCUCUCCUUGAGAAGCAGGUCCUGGCUGUGGACGAGGCUACAGAAAAACUCAAGUCUUCUCACCAGCUGGAAAUAAAUGAUAUGAUGGAGAAACAUGAACUGGAGGUAUCUGAAUUGAAUGCUUCCCUGGAGUCAAAGCUGCUGAAGUUCCAGGUCAGUCUGGAGGAAGAACAAAAGCGCCAGAUCAGCCUUAUCAAACAGGUAACUGAACGUGAGCAUGACAGAAUGAUGUCAGAGCUGACUGAAAAACACAACAAUGAACUUGACGAACUGAGGCGAGAGGUGCCAGACCUGAGAGAGAGCAUGGAAGCGGCUCAUCAGGCCGAGCUGCAGCAGGCACAAUCCCAAAAGAACUUGGAGCUGGAAGCCUUACGCCUGAGCCUGACCACAGUUCAUACGUCUCAGCUGCAGCACUCGCACACAAACAUGCAGCAGGAGCAAGAGUCUGCUCUCAGCAAGGUUCAGGCUUCCAUGAGGGAGACUUUCUCCCAGGAAACUGCACUCAUGCAGGCCCGCCAUCAAUCAGAACUAGAGCAGACCAAAAGACAGAGUGAAGAACAGCAAGAGAGGCUGCAUGAGCUGCACCAACAAGAGAUGGAUGAUUUGAAGCAACAAUGGGAAAUCCAUGUUAGUCAAGAUAGAGCUUCAGAGGAUGAAAAGCAGUCUAACGCAAUACAGGCUCUGAAAGCACAGUGGGAGAUGGAGGCAGAGGCAAACUUCAAAAAGUCUUUCUCAGAAAUCCAGAACACACUCACUGGUACCCAGACGGAACUGAGCAGCAUCCAGGCAUCCCUCACCGCAACCACUAAAGCUCUGACUGAAGCCGAAGCGGCUCUCUCCCAGACCCAGUCAGAACUGCAAGAGACUGAAAAAAGACUGACAGAACUCCAAACUUCCAGUAAGGAGCAGGUCCAGAAACUAGAGGAAGAACUGAAACAAGCCUGUGCUGACAGAGAUUCUUUGGAGAAGUUGGUUUCUAGUCAGAAGACGGUGCUGCAGGAGAAAGAGCAGCAAGCUCUCUGCCUUGAGGACAAAGAACGACAACUGCAGCAGGAGGUUUUGCAACUGGAGAAAGCGAAGGAGUUGCUCAAACAGACCUCAAAAGAAGAAGUAGGUCAGCUGUGGACCCAGAUCGAGAGCAUGAGGGCAAGUCGUCAAGAGCUGGGAGAGCUCAAGGAACAGCUGCUGGCUCGCUCCUGUCACGUCGAUGACAUUGAGCGACUUAAGAAAGAGUUUAAUCAGCAGAAAUACGAAAUCAAAGAGCAGAAUGAGGCUGAACUGGAAAACCUGAGGAGGUAUUUUGAGAAACGAUUGCACGCAACAGAGGAGAGCUACAAAGAGGAAAUUACUCUGCUCCAACUGAGGUUGGUGGAAGGUGCUUUGGAGGAAUCUCUGCUUAAAACCACAGAUGAAAGUAACUUGUUUCAAAUGCAAGAAGAGGUGAAGAAUGAUGUCACUUGCGAUGGUGACAAGCUGGAGAAACAGAAGCUUCACCUGGAGGACAAACAUACCAAGGACCUCUCGAAUCUUCAGUCCUCUUUAGCUCUGUCUUUUAAUGACGAACUCCAACAGGUGCACUUAGAUCUCACUGAUCAUUACUAUGAAGAGCUCCAAGAUCUGAAGACUCGUCAUGCCCUGGACCUAGAACAUCUCAGGGCCAAACUUUCCGAAAGUCAUCUAAAAGAUCUUACAAGAGUUCAUUUGGAAGCUGCAAUGCAGGUUGAGGCUGAAGUGGAACAGAGGAUAUGGUGCCUCAUUGAGGAGACGCAGACUUACAUGACCACCAUCCAUAUCCUAGACAAUAAGUUGGCUUCUCUAACUAAACAGCAUAAUGAAGAGAUGCAGUUGAACUCACAAAAGCUUACGCUUCUUGAGGAAGCUAUGAAAAAGGAAAAAGAAAAUAUGCAAGAAAACGUGGAGAAGCUGAAAGAGCUUCAACAGAAACAUGAAUGUGAAACUUCGUCACUGACUUCAGACUUGGAGCAGACGAGGACCCGCCUUGAAAAAGAUCUCCACGAGGAAAAAGAGAAGUUUAAAUCUCUACAGGCAGCUCUGGACAACAAUGACAGCCCACAGGUUCUAAUUGAGAGACAGAGACUGGAGGCUCAAUAUGACAGAGAGCUGCAAAAUGUGAAGAACUGCUUGUCUGCAGAAAUCAAAGACCUUCAAGAGCAGAGUCAGGAGAGGAUAUGCCAAGCCCAACAGAGGUUCCAGGAAGAGAAAGCAGUGAUGGAGCAGCAUUUGGUCCAGAGAUAUGAAAUGGCUUUGGCAGAGCUCAAGAGCACCCAUGAAUCUGAGCUGGAACGUGAGAGGUCCCUACUACUCAACAAGAACUCCCAAGAGAUGGCUGCACUAGAAGCCAGACACAGAGCACAGCUAGCUUCCCUCAGUGCCACUCACAGAGAACAGCUUGCCGCUAUGGCUGUUGAGCUUGAAACCAAGCAUAAAGCCCAGCUUGUUGCCUUGGAAACAGCCCGCAAUUCUACAAGAGACCUUGAUAGUCUGGAGGCCGUUUUUCAGGAGACCAAGCAGGCACAGUUAGAGGCUUUAGAGGCAGAGCUGGUUCGCAAACACCAGGAAGAGAGAGAUGAACUUGAAGUAAGGAUGCUGGGUAAUAUGGACACUUUGGAGGCCACUUACCUGAAGGAAGUGCAAGCACUGCGUAAUGAUAUCAUUCAGCUGGAGGAGAAGCAUCGAGAAGAACUGAUUUGCCGUGAUUCAGCUAAUAAACAACUUGUAGAGUGUCAUGCUGCAGAACAUCUGUCCAUCAGAGAAGAACUUAGGAAAGAGCUGGCUCAGGUACACAUGGAGAAGUUUAAAGCCAUGGCAGCUGAGCUUAGCCAUCUUCACAAGACUGAACUGGGUGCUCAAAAAGAAGCCUUAGAUGCUGAACACUGCAAAGCCUUGGAAACGCUGAAGAAGCAGGUUUUGGAACUUGAAAAGCAACACAACACCGCUCUGAAGGAUCUCUCUCAGACAUGCUCUGCUGAAAAGCAGCAGCUUAUCGAACACCACCAACUCCAACUUCAGGAACUGAGGGGAACUUCUGCACGGGAGUCGGAAGCUUGUCGCAGAGAGCUGGGAGAGGAGUCGUCGAGGCAACGACAGCACUUUGUAGAGGAGGUGGAGCUCCUUAAAGUCAAAUCAGAGGAGAAGCUUCAGGACAGGAUUAAUCAGCUGAAGACCGAAUUUGAAGAGCAGAAGGAGGCGGAGCUUGAAGACUUGAGGCGGAGCUUCAUCUCUGAACAUCAGGAAAAAGAACAGAGCUAUACGGACAAAAUGAGCCAACUCACUGCACAACUGCAGCAACUGGACGCAGUUGUGACCCAGCUGCGAGCAGAGAUUGGAUGUCUGCAGGGAGAGUUGCAUGGAAAGCGUUCAGAGAUGGAAACCCUGGACACCCUUCUUCAACGAAGGGAGCGAGAGAGUCAGGAGGGAGCCAACCUUCUGAAGAUGCUCACUGGUGAUUUACACACUGCUAAAGAGGAAAGAUGCAGGCUUUAUAAUGCAAAUGAAAAGUUGGGAAAGGUCCUGGUUGAGAUGCUUCGCAGUAUAAUCGCAAUAGAAGAAAUGAUUGGUCAAAAGAUCAGCACCAGAACCCAAACGUCUGACCAGGGGACUCAAUGGACGAGCUCAACUAGGAACAAAGAUGCCCAAGAGUCAGGUAUCUCAGUGGCAGACUUGUCAACAGACAACUUGGAGCUGACUCAACUGCUCUGUGAGAGUCUGCUGGUGUCAGAUACUCAGAUCCAUCCUGGAGGAGAAGAAAGAGCACUGAACGCUUGCUGCAGAUUACGCCAUGCAGUAGACACACUGUUGGAUCUGCUCAACCAAGCAAAUACUCAGCUGGAACAAACUUGCAAUGUCCACCUUUCCCUGGAGGAAAAGUUCUCCAAAGGCAGAGAAGAUUCCGCCCAACUCUUUCAACAGCACAAGGUCCUAGUGGAGCAACUUGAUAUGGAGGCCAAGCUGAAGAGUCAGCUGCAGGUGGAGCUCCACAAGGCCGAAGGACUUGUGGAGGGCUACAUGGUUGAAAAAGCUGCCCUAGAGGAGUCUCUGCAGCAGAAGGAGACUCGGGAAGAAAGGCUAGUGGAGGAACUAGAGGACCUCAAGGUGAAACUACAAAAGAUGCAAGUCCUCACCACGGAGCUGGACAGCCUCAGAGUGAAGCAUCAGGACCUCAGUGAGGAGCACGCAAUUCUCCUGCGCCAGAAAGAACAUCUCUCUGCUGGACUUGGGGAAAGGGAAAAAGGCAAUUGGCUCAAUUUAGAUCCUGACGCAGCUUUGUUGGCAGAAACGCAGCGUUUAACCCAAGAUAGAAUGGACUUGCAUCGGCAGGCAGAAAAAGACCAUAAAUCCCUGUCCACGCGCCUCAGAACCUUGGAGAGAGAGCUUGAAGAACAGGAAACCAAGGUCCUCGAAACAGAACUUCACAACAAGACCCACACUGAAGACCUGGACCAGCAUGUACAAGCACUCGAGAAACAACUGAAACACAACAGGCAGUUUAUAGAGGAGCAGGCUGUCGAGCGUGAACAUGAACGAGACGAAUUUCAGCAGGAGAUCCGCAGGCUUGAGGCCCAACUCAGACAGACGCCUAAUGUGGAAAACAAAGGACACAGGUUUGAGGACUUGAUGCUGCAGGUGGAGAGUCUACAAGCAAUUAUUAAAGAUAAAAUAGAGGACCAUGAUUCCUUAUGUUCAGCCCAUCAGCAAGCCCAGCGCGACCUGGCAGAACGAAAUGAGGAAAUUGACAAGCUGGCUGGGCGAAUCAGAGAGUUGGAGCAAGCACUGCUUAACAGUACUCAGAGUGUUAGAUCUGUUGGUGAACUGGAGCAAGAACUACACAGAGCGAAGCGGAGGGAGCAGGAGCUCACACAGGAUAAGCUCGCAUUGGAGCAACAGCAACUGUCCAGCAGGCUCCAAAUCUCAGCUCUGCAAUCUAAACUGGAUGAGACAAGACACUGUUACCAUGACAACACACGUGACCCCACCCAGGAGCUUAGGGAUGCUUUGGACACUGCUCAACAGAAUCUACGUGCCAAAGAGAAUGAGGUUGAGGUCUUGCUUAGCCAGGUGGAGAAUGUACAGAGAGACUUGAAACUGAAAGAAGUUGAACUAAAACACCUCACUCUACAGUUGGAGCUACUGACAAAUAAGAAUACAGAACAUGUUAAUGAACUCCAAGAGCAGAUUUCUGGCCUUAAGGAGCAGAUAUCUGCCCUCACUAUAGUCAAUGAGGAGCAAGAACACAGCCAUGUAGAAGGAGCUGAGGAAGAGAGUCUUUCAUCAGCUCUUCUUCAGGAGAAAAACCAGGAGAUUGACCACCUCAGUUGUGAGAUUCAAAGACUUGAACAAGAACUGGAGAAUGCCAGGGACAACGAAGUCAGCGCUUUGGAAGAAGAGGUUGAGGAUCUCCGCGCUCAGGUUGAACGUCUUCAGUCUGAAGUCACUAGAGUCCGCCAUGACAGGCAGGAGGAAGAAGAGCGCCUUCAUGAGGUCAUUAGUACACUGCAAGCAGAACUUUCCACUUUGGGCCCCAACCUCCAUGAAGUCAGUGACUCUCAGGAUGGCGACAGCAUCAACCCUUCACCUGCUCCCAGCCCUGAACCUCGGCAGUAUACUAUCCAAGAACAAGAGAGGAGGGGAGGACCGAGCAGCCUUAAGCAUGAGCUCAGCCUCACUCACUCGGCUGCUUCUAAUUCCCUUCGAUCUCAUCUCAAGACCCUUCAGAGCCAGCUUGAGACUGCUGUGGUGGAGAAAGAGGGAUUGGAGAGGUUACUGCUCACACAAGAGGAAGAAUACCAAAGACAAGGAGAAGAGUUUGGAAAGAGGCUCCAGGCUGAAAGGGAAAAAUCCAAUGAAGUCCAAAGUCUCCUUGUGGUGAAGGAAACUGAGCUGCAGGAGGUUGAAGCCAACGUUGAGGAGGAGAGAGAGAAGAGGAAUCUCUUGGAAGAGGAAACAAACAGUUUGAAGGCUCAAGUUGAAGGAACGGCAGCCCUCUAUGCAGAACAAGCUCACCUUCACUCACUGGUUUUAGAAUUGGAAAAGAAGGAAGAGGAGAGGGAGAACGAGAACAAAACUCUAAAAGCGAAGGAGCAGGACAUGAAGAUGGAGAUGGAGGUCCUCAGGGAAACUGGUCUUACUCUUGAGAGACAACUCCAAGAAAUGAAAACGGAGUUGGGAGACUUGGAGGAGAUGGUGUCUGAGGGAAGGGCAAGGAUUAAAACCCUUGAGACAGCGAAAGGAGAACUCUCUGCUGAACGCGAGGUUCUGAGAAGGAGAGAGGGUCAGCUCCAGGAGGAAAUUAAAAAGCUGAGGCACGAGGUGACUUCAAUGAAAGCACUGAUCCAGGAACUGACAGUUAAACUACAUGAAAAAGAUGCCAAAGAGGAAGAGGCUCAAAGUGAAGUCUUGAACCAUGCUGAUGUGACCCUGGCUAAAGCUGAUGCUGCUUUGAGACAAAGUGAGUCGGAGUUGGCCGGGCUGAAGGCAGAACAUCAGCUGCUGAGGACAGAGCUGGCUGCAGCGAAGCAAGGACUGAGCACAAGUACAGAAAGAGCUGAAAGACUUUAUGAGGAAGGACAGACCAAAGACUGUGCCCUUGCUGACUUGGAGAAUGACAACCAGCAACUAAAAGUGGAACUACAACGUCUUCAGGCGGACCUGGAUGUACAGGAAGAGGAACUAGCUUAUCAGCAAAAAGAAUUGGAGCUUCUCAGACAACAGUGCCAUCACCAGGACACGCUUUCUCACCAGGAAUACCCUCAGAAAGGUAUUUCUCACAGAUCUUUGGAGGAUGUUGUGGCUGGCUCUCGAGAAGAAGCUUCUCUGAGCUCACCAGAGGUCUUGAGGAGACACGAAUGCUCUGAGGACAGAAUCCGAGAACGAUUCCACACCUCUGUUUUCGAUUCUCAUCUGUGUCAGCUCAGCGGCCUGAACAGUACAGGCCUGGAUCCCCCCAAGAUCAAAGCCUCUCCCAAAAUUAUAAUGGAGUCUCCACACUCGAGGACCAUCACCCCUGAUCCAGCCACACAAAGUACCCACUCCCCAGGCUCUUUAACGGUGUCUGACAACUUCUCCUUGCCUGAUUCACUGGGUGCUGACAAAGUGCAUGAGUUGGAACUACUUGACCUAACAGCACCUUCAUCUCCAUUCGACUCCACCUCUUCCAUAUCUACACAUGAAUGGGCCAGUGAUGGUUAUGGCAGCAAUGUGAGCUCAGAACUGGGUGCACGGCUGAAAGUGGAGCUUGAACAGACUGAAAGGCUGGAUGCUCAUUUCAUUGAGUAUCUCCGCUGCAGAGGAAUGAACCCCACUGUUAACACAGACAGUGCUGCCGGAAGUAUGAGCUACAGUGAUGACUUGCUGUCUCCUGAGCUUCAGGGUCUGUUGAAAAAAGUUUAUCAAGAAAGCUGCAGAAUUCUCAGUUUGAGCCAGCGUCGUGCUGCUCCUUCAACCUCACUGACUCGGACACAGCAUCUUUCUGGAAAUGAUCCGCUGGACCACAGGGACGAGUUGGCUUUGGGUGAUCCUCCCAUGACCUGGCAGCAGGAGAAAAGGGCUCUGCAGGAGACUGUGAUUGCUCUCAGAGAACUCCUCUGUCGAAUGGCACAGAGACACACACAAUCUGAUUACACUGAUAACUGGCACAGUGGUCAGCUACAGACUGAUGGGCGGAUAGAAAUCCAACUUAGGGCAGAACUGGAAGACAACCAGAAGCAACUAAGAUGUGCCCAUGAUACUCUACAAGAGCACAAGAACAAAGUACUGUCGCUAAGACUGACGGCGGAGGAGAGUGUAGAAUCUUUGAGGAGGGAACAGACCAGAGUCCAGGAGCUUCAACGUGACCUGGAGCAGGAGAAAGCUCUGAGUCACCGCAAAGACAGAGAGGAGGAGGAAAGGAGAGCGGCUGUGCAAGGAUCUUCAGAGAAGCACAAAUCUGAGAUCAUGUCUCUCAGGGGUCAGGUGGAACAGGAGAGGGUGGCAGGCAGUAACCUCAGGCAAGAGCUUCAGAUCGAACAGUCUCGCAGUGUGCUGCUAGAGAAACGUUUAGAGGACACCCUUAAGGUGCUAGAAGAUGAACGCCAGCAAUCUACCAACCAACAACAGCUCAACUUGCAAGAAAAGACUCGCCUUGGCAACCUUCUGAAUGAAGCAGAAACCCGCCUGGGUGAAGUUCACACUAAGCUUGCAGAUUCUCACAAAAAGCUUGAUGAAGAAAGGGAACGUUGCUCCAGGCAGCUGGAUGAGCUCAGUCGCAGACACGAGGCUGAUGCCACCAGAGACAGGAAGUUCCUCUCGGACUUGCGCUCCCAGCUUGAGCAGGAGCGAAGGCAGGGGGAAGAGCUGGCUCUCGCGGGGGACAAAUUGAGGUCUGAGUUUCUGCAAAGCAAGAGGAAAUGGGAAGACGAGGAUAGAAUGAGGAGGAAAGAGAUACAGAGCGAGGAGGAGGCCACGACCAGGUAUAGAGUCACAGUGGAGACUUUGAUGGAGCAGAAACGGGAAGUCGUUCACGAUCUAGAGAUUGAGCGAGAGCGUUUCAGGCACCAAGCACUGGAACUGUCAGACCUGAAGGAGAGGCUCCGACUGCUGAUGGACAAAGAGAGAAAGAGGGACGAGCAGUGGGAAAGGGAGAGGAAAAAGGAAAGACAAGAGCGGGUGGAGAGAGAGAAGCGACAAGAGAGGCUCAAUAACAAACUGUCUGAGUUGGAGUCACUAAGGAAGCAGGACCAGCAGCGCAUGCAGGAGCUGCAGCAAACUCUGGCAGACCUGGAAAGAGAGGAGAAGGAAAUGGCUGCUCAGAGACUUUCUUCACACACCUCAGGGCAGCAACUCAAAGCUGCACCUGCACAGCAUCCCAGCAGUAACUCCCAAACUGAUGCAACCCAGUCAGGCAUGUCUCAACAGCACCAGCAGAUGCCAUCCAUGAUGUCAUCUAACCUGUUGGAGACGCUCCUGAAGGAUAAUUCCCAGUUAACAGAGCGCCUGACAUCACUGAAUCAGGAGAGAACAACCUACAGACAUAAACUCACCUCCCUGGAGAGACAGCUGCGACGCUCAGAAAAUGAGCUCGCCAAGGUCACAGCCGAGACUGAAAACAGACCCAUCAAUGACUUGGCCAGCAACAGCAGGAUGCAGCGUUAUUAUGAGCGCUACCUGCGUGCUGAGAGCUUCAGGAAAGCUCUGGUGUAUCAGAAGCGUUACCUCUUGCUGGUGUUGGGAGGUUUCCAGGAUUGUGAGAAGGCAACUCUGUGCCUUAUUGCUCGUAUGGGAGCUCGACCGUCACCCCCCCUCUCCGUCCAGCACAGACCUCUGGGCCGGUUUAGGGCUGCGGUUCGAGUUGUCAUAGCAAUCUCAAGAAUGAAGUUCUUAACCAGAAAAUGGCAAAAAGCAGUCAGAAGAUUAUCAACGUCCGGCACUGUCAUUGGGCACCCUUCAGGGCCAAAAGUUGACGUUUUAAAGCAGCAGCAGCCCAGAUCAAAAUCUGAAUCGACACUGAUCAGAAAUGGCAGCGCCGUCCAGAGAGAAACUGUAUCAACUCUCAUUCCUCCCACCAAAUCACCUUUCCGGUUGCACAACAGGUCGUAUUCUAGUACUACCUUGGGCUCGGUGCAUUCAGGGGGAGUAGCUCAGGAUCCCGAACGAUCUCUGACAGAAUAUAUCCAUCAUCUAGAGAAAGUCCAGCAGCGGUUGAUGGGAGCCAGGCAAGGUUCUCCUGUUUUCCAGCCUGAGCCAAAAUAAUCCGACCACUGAGACCGACGUUUGCCUGUCUGAGUGUUUAUACCAGACUUCCUCAUGCCUUACUCUGAAAAUGUAUCACUCUUGUUGUUUUUGAAUAUGAGUUUUCAUUUUUUGUUUUAAUCACAUGUACAUAAACUGUAUGUUAAUAUUUUCUAAUUUAAUUUUUGUAUUAUUCGGUCAGCCAGUAUUUUGAAGGUCCGUCUUAAAAUGCUGCAAGUACAACUGUUUCUCAUGAUUUUUUUAUUUUUGUUUGUUUUUUCUUUGUUUUCUAAUUUUGUGUUUAUGUGAAUAGAAGUGAUGUUCAUUUUACAAUUGUUUAAAUGUGCACAUAUUUUCUUUUGAUACUUGAAAUCAUAAAUCAACAUAAGUUGAUUGUUUGUUAUUAAAUAAAGAUGAACCAUAAGCUAUUUUCCUUUCUAUAAAGUUAUUAGAGAUUACAGACUAGAAUUACCUGUUUUAUCAUAAAGUAGAUCAUUAAUUUUGUUGUGGAAUUCUUCUGCUCUAGAGGUAUUUAGUUUUGUGUUUUAUUUUAAAAAAAUUGACACAUCUGUUUGCUAAUCGGGUAGAUAAAUAUAGUUGGGGGUAUAUGAGGGAUUAAUAUAUUUUAAAAUCAAUGCUUUUCAAAUUUACCGACUAUAACAAAACUGAGACAAUACUGAUACAUUUUGGUAUUUAACUGUCUGCCCUUAUUUCACAAUAAAUUGGUAUUCAAACAGGACGGGGUUAACCAAUAAAACUUGAUUCUGCUAAUCAUGGCUGUCAAGUGUGGAACCCAUUCAAAAUUAAAU